AUGAGUGAGUUUUCUUCCUUCUGGCAGCUGAGGGAAAUUUUUUGAUUUUUUUUUAGGAAUUCCUCAAAUCGCACUUGUCAUUUUCACAAUUCUCGCAAUUGCACAAUCUGCCAGGUCUGGAAAACCGAUCAAGAAUGGCAAUGGGAAUAAUUCAACUUCAGCUCCAAAGCAAUUUCCAAAUCCAGGACCAGGGCCAGGACCAGAAGCAACACAGACUUCCAAACCAACUACACCUAUCAAAACAUCAUCAACAAAAACCAAGCCAACCACGAAAACACCAUCAACAACUGCAGCUCCCGCUCCGACAUCUGUAACUCCAACAAAAUCCACCGAUGCUCCAACAUCAACAUCUGUAGAAACAUCAACAACAAUUGAAGAAAUCAUCACUGAAGAUGACUUAAAUGCCACCACAUCUUCACAGUCUACAAAUGCCACCACAGCUUCUACCACCGUCGUCCUCACUUCUCCGCCAACAACUGCUCCACCAAUACCAGCCACUACCCCAAAACCGGUGCAAAAUGGAGAUUUAUUCGUUUGCUCUGAUGAUCCGAGUGAGCAAAAAUGUGAGAAGUUUUGCGAAAAACGAAAUAUGGAACCAGGCGUCACCAAAGAUGACAACUAUGAGUGAGUUUAUUGAAUUCUUCCUAUUGAAUUCUUCCUAUUUUUUUCAGAACACCAACAUACUUCUGGAUUUGCUUGAUUUUUUUGGUUCUCUUCUUUAUCGCCACCAUCGUCGCCAUCUACUUCUAUUCCCGAUAUAAACGUGAGUCUGAAGACUUUAAUUUCAUUUUUUGUUUCGGAAAAACUAUCGAAAACUCACCGCAAACACGUGUACACGUUUUUCGGGGGAAAAAAGAAAAAAAAGAAAAGAAAAAAAGUUGUUGGCUGGCCUAGGAACCGACUCGGCCAUUAUUGAAUUUUUUUUUUUUUGAAUUCAAUCAAUAAUUAUUUUAUUUUUUCAGGCCAACUGAAUUUGAUUCGUGGUAAGAAGCCAGUAAAUGAGAUUCUUCUUCAACAACAACAACAAGGAUUUGCACCAAAAGAACAAGAUGCAAAAGAAUUGUUUGAUGAAAAAGAUGAGAAAAAGAGUGGAGGAAAAGCCAAAAAGUUCGACAAAAAUGAUCCGGCAACACGCGAACGUCAUCGCCGCUACAUUCAACAAUGCAAACAGCAAGAAUUGGAGGAUGGGGAUUUGAGAAAUUUUGCCAAGUCUGGCACAAUUUUCAUUCCUCACGCUGUCAAUGAUGCGGCAUUUACGAAAAAAUGCGAGGCUCCAGAUAAUAUUCAGCUGGAGAGAGUGUUCUACGAUCCAAGCGGGAAUGAGGUUUUCGACAUUGGCAGCGAUGUCGAUAACAUUGAAUUGAAUCCGAGUACGGUUGGCACAUCGGAGAAUGAUACAUCGAAAUUGUCGGCUGAGACGAAAUCAUCAGCAAGUAGAUCGAAGAUCAAGACAACAAAAUCGAAAGCCAAAGACAAGUCACUGAAAUCUGGAUGA